GUGAAGUGAAGCACCUCAGCCUAACAAUAACUUACCUAGGUACCUACUGCACCAGCCUCGCUCACCUCCACUGACCUUCCUCCUCAGCCAGCGAGACGGGAGACAAACAUCCAGCUGCCUCUCCACAUCCACCCUCUUCUCCCUCCCUCAUUAUCGAUUCACAUGUCCACAUCUCAAACCUCGACAACAUUGCUGAUUUAGGCCACGGAUUUGCCCUUUAACUCUGUAUCCUAAGGAUCCCAUUUUCUCUGCGCUGAGCGUCUCUAACAGCUCCUAAAACCCCCCCCCCCCAACCUUUUGUGGGGGACCUCCCCUGGGGCUCUCAUCUUUCGGCCAAAAAUCGUGUGUUGGGACUCCUCAGCGCAAAUCAUUGCAUCACCCACCAGCAUAGCACAGCACAGCAGCACCACUACUACUAUUACCACUACCACACGCGAUCCACCCGCAACCGCCAACCUUCCUCUCCCUCCCUCCUAACGAUCAUCUCGACUCAUCUCGGACACUGCCACUCAUUUUCUUGAUAAAUCUGCGAUCUCACCGCCCCGCUCGCCAUGGCUGACGCGCCCAACUCUGGCGAUGAGCUGUACCCUAUCGCCGUCCUUAUUGACGAGCUGAAACACGAUGAUGUUUUGCUCCGCCUCAACGCAAUCCACCGUCUCUCGACCAUUGCUCUCGCUCUCGGCGCUGAACGAACCCGUGAAGAGCUUAUCCCCUUCCUCGAUGAAUCUGUGGAAGAUGAAGACGAGGUCCUUGUUGCCCUGAGCGAGGAGCUUGGCGGCUUUGUCGAGUAUGUCGGCGGUUCCCAGUGGGGUCACGUUCUGCUGUCUCCCCUCGAGAACCUCGCUUCUAUUGAGGAACCCGUCGUUCGCGACAAGGCCGUCGAGUCCCUGAACAAGAUUUGCACCGAGCUUUCUUCUCAACAAGUCGAGGAAUAUUUUAUUCCCCUCACAAUUCGCCUCGCCAAGGCCGAUUGGUUCACAUCAAAGGUUUCGGGAUGCGGCCUCUUCACAAGUCCUUACAACAAAGUCUCACCGCCCGUCCAAGAGCAGCUGCGCCAGCAGUUUGGCCUGCUUGUUCACGAUGAGACACCCAUGGUCCGUCGCCAGGCUGCAACCAAUCUAGCCAAGUUUGUCAAGGAGAUGCCCGCCACCAUCGUUGUCGACGAAAUGAUACCCCUCUUCCAACAUCUCGCGCAAGAUGAUCAGGAUAGCGUCCGAUUACUCACAGUCGAGGUUCUCAUCUCUAUUGCCGAAGCCGUUCCCAAGGAGCAACAGGCCAGCCAUGGUGUGUUGCUGACGGCUCUACGCAAUUUGAUAGAGGACAAGAGUUGGAGAGUCCGAUACAUGAUCGCGGAUCGGUUUGAGAAGAUUGCUAAGGCGGUAGACGAGGAGGUUGUUUCUAGAGACCUCGUUCCCGCAUUCGUAAAACUUCUCAAGGACAACGAGGCCGAGGUACGAACCGCUAUUGCUGGCCAGAUUCCCGGCUUCUGUGCUCUUGUGGAUCGUAACGUGCUCCUCAACGACAUCAUGGGCAGCAUUGAGGAUCUUGUCUCGGAUACAUCCCAACAUGUCCGUGCUGCGCUUGGUACCCAGAUCAGUGGCCUGGCUCCUAUCCUUGGAAAGCAAGAAACUAUCGAUCACCUUCUCCCCAUGUUCCUUCAGAUGCUUAAAGACGAGUUCCCGGAGGUUAGGCUCCACAUCAUCUCCAAGCUUGAGCUCGUGAACAAAGUCAUUGGCAUCGACUCCCUCUCACAGUCACUUCUUCCCGCAAUUGUACAACUCGCUGAGGAUAAGCAAUGGCGAGUAAGACUUGCGAUUAUCGAGUACAUCCCUCUCCUCGCCAGUCAACUGGGCGUUCAAUUCUUCGAUGAGAAGCUCAGCAAUUUGUGCAUGGGCUGGCUGGGAGAUACCGUUUUCUCUAUUCGUGAAGCCGCUACUCACAACCUGAAGAAGCUCACUGAGGUCUUUGGUGUUGAGUGGGCCAGCGAAGCUAUUAUCCCCAAGGUUAUGGCUAUGGGUAACCACCCUAACUACCUUUACAGGAUGACCACUUGCUUUGCUAUCUCGACAUUGGCGAGCGUUGUGAGCAUGGAUGUGAUUGCUAAGUCGAUCCUCCCUAUGCUCGACAAGCUGGCCACUGACGAGAUCCCCAACAUCCGUUUCAACGUGGCCAAGACAUACCGCGUUCUCAUCAAUGUACUUCGACGUCUGCCAGACGAGGGUACCCUGUAUGAUCUGGAGAAGCAGGGCAGUGAGAUCACACCGUCGCCUCGGGGCUCGGAGCUGAUCCAACAACGAGUUGUUCUUAACCUGGAGAAGUUGCAAAAGGACGACGACGUGGAUGUGCGAUAUUUUGCGACGACAGCAGCUGCCGAGAUCUCGGGACCCAUUGCUGGCGGGGAGCCUAUGAAUACAUCACCAUAGAUGAGAGACGUAAUGAAGCAAUAAUCAUUGUUGAGACAGAUUUUGUCUGCUUUUUGUUUUGUCCCGUCCAUAUCGCUACAGAAAGAGAGAAAGACAAACAGAAGCCUAUGAAGUCGUACGUUGCAUAUCAGAAGCUACUAGUUGGGGCUGGGCAUUGCUGCGCUGAGUUGAGUCAAGAUGAGAAAGGGGAAAUGUUGUGCAAAAGAUGCGAUAAACAAAAGCUUGAUGCGGAGCCUCUGAAAGGGGUAAGGAGAUGAUGAGCUCAGAUGAAGCUUUGGGAUCACGAAAAUGGGGAGAAGUCCAAGAGAGAUAGUCCAAGCAUUGACACGAGUCCAGAUACCAUUGUAUGAUACAACAAGAGCUCUCAGAGGUGAAUGAUAUUGACUGUUUAAAACAGGUGCUGGAGCCAGCACAGAGUGAUGAUGGGUAUCUUUUUUUUGUUCUUCAAACUGCACUGCAUCUACUAUAUCUUCUAUACCCUGCGGAAGCAGAGUGUGCUGAUUGUUUGCCCGUUAUGGCCUCCAAAGCUGAAGGAACGAUAUUCAACUCUGCCAACGACUUGAAAGCCUUCUUCGCUGGUCCCUUCGAACCAGCCUCUCAGCUCCGUCUCGGUCCAGUUGCAGCUUGUCAACAAGAAGAUGCCACCCUUGCGAACAAGGGGUAGGACUCGCUCUCGAUAACAUUCGCAUAGCCGUCGUCCUUGGGUAUCUUUCUCAUCGCUCAGAGAGAUAGCAUCGAAGGUGCCCUUGUCCAGUACCACAUCCCAGCCCUCGGUCUGCUCGCCGUUAAGGACAGAGUUGUAUGGUCCAGCUAUAAGAUCCCACUCUUCGAAUUCGACAGGCUUCUCAAGGUCGUCUUUUGUGGUGGUAAUUUGUCGCGCAAGUGCAAUGCUUUGGGGGCUGUAGUCCACACCAAGAGCUCGCGCAGACCAACCCUCUUGGCGGAGGGAGAAUAGAAGAGAACCGUUGCCGCAGCCAAGGUCGAGAAAGGUGGUGGUGUCGUGGGAGAGGACAGGCGAGUCCAGGUCAGAGGGGUCAAGCACACCGUCUAGGAACUCGAGGAUCUUUGCUUCAGCAUCUGAAUCGUCAAACCAAACAGUUCCUAUGUCGGAAGGAUCAGCAGCGUGGUUUUUUAUCUCAUUCGUGUAAAGGUCAUCCCAGCUGUUUGGGGCAGGGUUGUUAGUCUGCAGUUUGAGAGAGAGAGAGAGAGAGAGAGAGAGGCGAAGGGAGAAGGUACUAUUGUUUUGUGCCAAGCUUUGACGGCUCAAGAUGCUGGGGCUUUUCAUUUGAGGACAUUGUGGGAGACUUGUUUUGGGUUUCGAGAGCAAUGAAGUUAUUCAGAAUCUGUUAAUCCAUUGACAUUAACAGUGACAAUGAUGGUAGGUAUAUUUUGUGGUGGGGUUAUCGGGGAAAUAUCCAAAAGGAGCAGGCGGUGAAAGUGGGGCAAUUCUUCAUGUGUUAGAACUUGGCAAACUUAUAGAAUACAAGUACUAUCUAUACCCAUGAGGUGUCCAUGAUAGAUUCAGGUAGCCAAGGUAGCAGGUACCAAAUGUUCAUACACGCCGAGUCGAGGUCCUCAAAAGCCGUCAAAUAUUGGAUGUCAAGAAUUCUCCCAGCAGAGUUUUAGCAGUGGGGCAGAACCGAGAACUGAAGUUCUUACAGACACUUCUUAGGCAUAAAGCUCAUAUUUUACUUACCCUGAGGAUACAAAGACUAGUCAUGUAUAGGUAAAUAGGCAGACAGGCAUUACUUAUGAACUUGAUAGGAUUGGCUGAUUACCAGGUACUGUACAUUGGUUCUAGCAAGG